AUGGGGAUGGGCCAGAACGUCGAGGUGGUGUGCUGUGCAUUCAUGCAGCAGAUGGCACUAGGAAUGAGUAACAUGAACCCUUCACCUCUCGUGAACAAGUACAACUUUGCCACGCUCGGCGUUGCCGUUCCAUUACGAUGGAAUGGGGCCGAUGUGUGGAAGUCCGGGACAUCGUUUGCAGUACCCAUUGCUGUAGGUAUUGCUGCAACCGUCCUUGAACUUGCUCAGCACAAAUGCACCAAGCACGGUCCACGCAAGCUCAGAGCCUUGUACCAAAAACAGGGCAUGGAAGCAAUAUUUCAGGGAAUGGCUACAACAAGGGAUGGUUACGAUUUUGUUUUUCCGGGCGGUCAUUGGGCUACACAAACAGAAGCUUUGAGCAUGAUUGACAAGAUUAUGAGUUAUCUCUGA